CGGAUUAAAACAUCCUUAGAGACUCUCACAAAAGAUAAAUCAGCGGGGGAGCAAAUGGAGCAGCAACAGAAACAGAAGAUUUCUGGAGUUCGGGAACAGUCACAGAACCUGUUGACCCACAUCACAUCGGUAUUUGCUGAACUGCGCCAGAUUCUCAAUGAGGAAGAGCAGCGCUUUCACAAGGAACUCCGGGAAGAAGAGGAGAGCGUUCUAAACCCAAUGGAGAAUAAUCUACGAGAGAUUCAAGAGAAGUUAAACUCUAUUCAAGAGCAACUCCUAAAGCUGCAGGAGCGGAUGAAUCAAAUGGACAGUUUGAUAUUUCUGAAGGAGGAAACUCGUCAGAAGAGGAGGGUGAGUGAUGAAGAACGGACGCUGUCGGUAGCAGACGGUGCCUUGGCAAUUGGAAAGUUCGAUCACCCAUUUUUGUUGAGCAAAUUGACCGAUGGCAUUAAGAGAGGAAAAAACGAGCGGAUUAAAACAUCCUUAGAGACUCUCACAAAAGAUAAAUCAGCGGGGGAGCAAAUGGAGCAGCAACAGAAACAGAAGAUUUCUGGAGUUCGGGAACAGUCACAGAACCUGUUGACCCACAUCACAUCGGUAUUUGCUGAACUGCGCCAGAUUCUCAAUGAGGAAGAGCAGCGCUUUCACAAGGAACUCCGGGAAGAAGAGGAGAGCGUUCUAAACCCAAUGGAGAAUAAUCUACGAGAGAUUCAAGAGAAGUUAAACUCUAUUCAAGAGCAACUCCUAAAGCUGCAGGAGCGGAUGAAUCAAAUGGACAGUUUGAUAUUUCUGAAGGUAAGGAGUUACAUAUUCACUUUGAUUCAGUAUAAGGGCACAAUCACAAAAUAG